AUGAAGCUCUUAUCUCUCGCUCCCGGCGUUGCUUGCUGGGCAAGCAUUGUGUCUGCUGGCACCGUGCUUUGGGAUGGUCGAUUCAACGACCUUACGUCGUCGGAAGACCUGAACAAGUGGUCAUGGGCCAAUCAAGUUGGGCCGUACCAGUACUAUAUCCACGGCUCCGGCAGCGUCUCCGAAUACGUCAACUUGAGCCCGAACUACAAGAACCCAGCCGACACAGCUUCCAAGCAAGGAGUCAAGAUUAGUCUCACGAACACCGCGUAUUGGAAUGGCCAGACAAUGCGACGGACCGAGCUGAUCCCGCAGACCAGUGCAGCCAUCAACUCGGGCCAUGUUUACUACCACUUCAGCAUGAAGCGGUCUGCUACCAAUGCACCAGCGCAGACCAGAGAACACCAAAUUAAUUUCUUUGAGUCUCACUUCACUGGCAAGUCUUACAGAGCGGGCUGGAUCUCAGGGGCUUCCGGCAUGACCGAUGUGAACUUGCGAUGGUUCGCCAACGGCCAAUCGCAAUGGAGCACAACGUGGGAGGCUGAUGUGUGGCAUAAUGUUGCCUAUGAGAUCAACUUCAGUGCCAACACGGUGGCCUUCUGGCAUUCCACCGGCAGCAGUGCCUUGACCAGAGUUGUUGCGCCCGUCUCCGUCUCUGCAUCCUCCAACGGAGCGGAUUGGCACCUUGGAGUGCUCGAGUUGCCCCGAGAUGGCUAUCCUGACUCAAACGAGGAUAUCUAUUUCUCGGGCGUCUACAUUGAGACGGGUGAUCUGACGACAGCAAUCGGGGCAGGCGGAUCGUCAUCGGAAAGCUCCUCUGCUGCAGCCACCGCAACUGUUACGUCAAGUACGAGAAGCAUAUCCUCAUCGGCGGUCUCUACUACAGUAGCGACUUCUACAACCUUCGUGACCUCCAAGGCUACCACGGCAGCGCCGACUGCUACUGGUGCAGCCCAACCAUUGUACGGCCAGUGUGGUGGCUCAGGGUGGACAGGGGCAACUGCAUGUGCAAGUGGAACUUGCUCGACUAUCAACCCUUACUAUUACCAAUGCCUUCCAUGA